CACCUUUCGUAGGGGAGGGUCACUUCGUCGUCCAAACGUCCACGGGGCCACCGUCUUCAAUUUACGGCGAGCACGCUCACUCGUCGAGCCCGCCUCGAGUGCCCUCGAGGGCCUGAACGAAGGAAGGCCGCGGGACCAGUUUGCCAAGGAACAUGGCUAUAUUUCUUUGAUAUCGAGAAAGCAGGGAAGCCGGGCGUCAGACUGGUUGUGUUGUCGAUGUGCCGGGCUGCGGUUAAUGGCCUUGAGCCGGUUGUUGCUUCGAAUCAGUUGAUGGACGAGACUAUGUAGGGGGAUCAUGGCACUUCCGGAGCCAAGAUCUGAGAUGAUGUCGUCUAUAUAUUCGAUGAACCAUGCCCGACCGCCUCGUAGCUCUUCUUGACGUAGCGGCCUUACACGCUUUAAAAACAGAGAACGACAACUACUCAUCAAGUCUUCUAAGCAAGCUUCGAUCGCUAUGAAGUCCGCCGUUCUGUCCCUGCUGGCGAUCGCCACCAGCCAGGUCUUCUCGCACGCGACUUUCCAACAAAUCUGGAUCGACGGAGUCGACUUCGGCGGGCAAUGCGCCCGUCUGCCGCUUUCCAACUCGCCCGUCCAGGACGUCACCUCCAACGACGUCCGAUGCAACGCCAACAGCGGCCCCGUGGCCCGCAAGUGCGUCGUCAAGGCCGGGUCCACGGUCGUUGUUGAGAUGCACCAGCAACCAAACGAUCGCUCCUGCGCACAGGAAGCCAUCGGCGGCGCCCACUAUGGCCCCGUCUUCGCCUACCUCACCAAGGUCGCCGACGCUACCACGGCCGACGGCUCCACGGGCUGGUUCAAGAUCUACCAGGACGGCUGGUCUCGCAAGGCCGGCAGUAUCAACGGCGACGGCGACAACUGGGGCUCCAAGGACAUGAACGCGUGCUGCGGGAAAGUCAACAUCAAGAUCCCCGCCGACAUCCCCGCGGGUGACUACCUCCUCCGCGCCGAGUCCGUCGCGCUGCACGCCGCAGGCUCGAGCGGCGGCGCCCAGUUGUACAUGACGUGCUUCCAAAUCUCGGUGACGGGCGGUGGCAGCGCGUCCCCGAGCACGGUGUCGUUCCCGGGCGCAUAUAAGGCGUCCGACCCCGGUCUGCUCGUCGAUAUCCAUAGGUCCCUGGCGACGUACGUCGUCCCCGGCCCGACCGUCUACGCCGGCGGCUCAACCAAGAGCGCCGGCGCCGGCUGCGUCGGCUGCGAGUCCACCUGCACCGCCGGCUCCGGGCCGACCGGCACGGCCUCGAGCGUCCCGCAGGCCACCGUCACCGGCGGCCUCCCCGGCUGCGCCGUGGCCAAGUUCGCCCAGUGCGGCGGCGUGGACUACAAGGGCUGCACCACCUGCGCCGUAAGUGACGUCCGAAGCGAGUUUACCCCGUGUUUGAUCUAUCGGUGCUGA